CGGCGACCUGGCUGCGGUGCGACAGGCGCUGAAGAAGCACGGCCUCGACGAGCCGGACAAGGCGCAGCGGACAGCUCUGCAUCUUGCUUCCGCUAAUGGACAUUCGGAGGUUGUUUCAUACUUAGUAGAAAACAAGUGCAAGCUAAAUCUUUGUGACAGUGAUGACAGAACACCUUUGAUGAAGGCAGUGCAGUGCCAGCAAAAAGAAUGUGUUGCUAUUCUGCUGGCGCACGGUGCCAGCCCUGAUAUUGCCGAUGCUACUGGUAACACUGCGCUUCACCUGGCUGCCCUUGCUCCAAACACAUCUCUAGCAGGGCAGCUACUGGAGCAUAGUGCCCUUAUUGAUGCAAGAAAUGAGGAGGGAUGCACACCCCUUUCUCUUGCUGUGUCUGAGCAUCAGGAAGAGAUGGUGGAGUUUCUCCUUAAAAAAGGAGCUGAUGUGCAUGCUGGAGAUAAGUGUGCAAGGACUCCCCUUAUGACAGCUGCUUCUGGUGGGAAGUUGAAUUUAAUAAAACUUCUUCUUCGAUAUGGUGCUGAUGUAUCCCGUAAGGACAUAAAUGGAUGGACAGCUGAGGACUAUGCUGUUAUUCAUGGAUAUUCUAGUGUUGUCGAACACCUGGCAGAUAGCGCAGAUGUCGAAAACGCAGAAGCUUCUGCAGGAGGUACAAAAGGCUUGUCCAUGCUUAGCACUCCUCGCAAGGCAGGAGCUGCUGACUUUGUCUUGGGAGCACCUGCUCUGGACAGAGGAGGAAUGCAACACUCUCCCAACCAGACAACAAGAACAAGAGAAACAGGGAAAGGAAUAGAUGACUUUUCCCAUGGAGACUCGAUAAGAAGUUCUGAGAAAGAAGAUAGUUAUGACACUUGGCCUACUUCUGAAGAAGAAGAACUUGAUUUUAUUCCCAAGAAACCACCAAAGCCAAACCUGGCACUGCUAAUGAAUGCUUCUGAACAGCUGAGGAAAAACCAUGGUGAUGGUUCUAGAAUUGAAAGUCCUAAAUCACCAAAGGAGAACCUCAAACAAGUAACACCAUCAGACACAAACCUCAGCAAAGGAGUAUGUGAAGAACUGAAUCAAGAUGUUUCACAUGCAAGCAACCUGGAGGAGGAAGAGUCAGAGCAAGAGGAGGAGGGGGAAGAGGAGGAAGAAGAUGAAAAUGAUGAUGGUGAGAAUGUUGAAGAUGAUGAAGAGGAUGAGGAGGAAGAUCUUACUCCAGAUGAAAAUGAGGAGGAAGAUCUGGAAGAUGAAGAAGAAACUCAAUCUAAUGACAUAGAAGAGGAGCAGGGGAAAAAAACAGAAGCUAAGGGGGAAAUAAAUAAUGAAUUGGGGCAUUUCAGUAGUCUUCAUGAAGAGGAAGCUCAGUUUGGAAUGGGAAAUGUCUGUGAUGAAGAAUUUGAUGAGAAAAUGGAGGAACUGGACACUCCCGUGUCUUUUAUAGAUGGCUGUUUUGAAAAUGCACAAGAAAGUGUAAUGACUCUGUCUCCUCCAUUAAUGAAUAAUGAAAUAUGUUGCAAGUCAGUACCAAAAGAAGCACUGCUCCAGAAUCUAAAUAAUUCGCAGAAUGGAGAAGAAAGCUCAAAAAUUAAAUGUGUGAUUCAGGAAGAUUUUCCUAAAAAUACUGACUUGUGCUUUGCAGAUUCUGAAAUGACAGACCACAAAAAAGAGACAGCUUUGCCUCUCUCAGAGAGGUCUGGUCUUGGAAUCGGUGAUGUCUUUGAACGUAGUAAUAACUCUUGUGCAGAAGCAGAAAACCCAAGACUUGAAAGUACAAGGGAGAAUUCUGUGGUUCUUGAAUGCAUUGAUGCUAAAGAGGAGCAAUGUGAAGUAGAUGAUAAAGUCUGUGAAGCACUGAAACGAGAAAGUGAAAGCUUUAGCUUAAAUAGCUGUGAAGAAAAACUAAGAUCAGCAUUUUCCUCGAGCACCAAAGAAGAAUCGUCUGAAUGGGAAGAAAAGGAAGAGGAGGAUGGUGAAGAGGACCUGCAAGGUGCCAGUGCUGAAGGUGUGAAAAAUUUUGUUACUAAUGACAGUCCUCAAGUCCUGAAUCCUUCAGAAGACCAUACUGCUGUGAGAAAUGUUACAUUGCCAGAAGGAGCAGAGCAGGAGGAAGAUAGUGACUCUCCCUGGGAUUCCGAGGUGCUUUCGCCUGAAUCCGAAAGUCCAUCAGCCAGUGUGCUGCUUCUGCCUGUAGAAAGCCAUGGAACAUCCUUGCAGAGUAUUUCAAAGGAGCAAGACAAUGAUGAGUACUCAGAACCUACCUUUCAUGUGUCAUUCUCAGCUGAAAAAAGGGAAGCCAUCCUGGAUCCUAUCGAAAACUAUGAAAGGCAGGAUAAAUAUAUUUUAGAAACUAUCAACUUGAUAGAGAAAACAACAAAUGGAAAUCAGACUGGCAAAGCAGAAAUUUCAUAUCAGGAAACCCUAUCACAAAAUAAGGAUUUGCACAAUACUGACAAGCAAUUAAGUCCAGAACCUUGGGAAGAAAGAUACGAAAGAAUAUGGGUUGAAAAUGAGAAAAGGGAAUUGAAAAUGAGUUUUAAAAACAUUACAGCAGAGCUGAAGCAGAUAUUCGGUGAAGUUAAUGAAACUGAUAAAACUACUUCAUGUGUGGGAGAAAUGUCUGAGGAUGACUCCAAUGAAGAAUUGAAGAGUUUUCAUGCGGUUUCACCUUGUGUGUCAGAAACACGUAGUAAGAUAGAAAGUAAACAUGAAUUUGGAGAUAGGAAACUUGUGCUAGACCUAAAACAGCCCAAAAUCGGCAUCCCAGUUCAAAGUCCUGGUGUUCUUCCUGAUGAAAGUAACUUGAAAACAAACAUGGGAGAUACCUGCAGUAAAAAUGAAGAAGAUUGCAGUAAUGGUACAGAUAAUAUGGAAGUACCUAUGGCAAAAGGAGAGGGAAAGCAAAUACCUGCUGUGAAGAUGAAAGAGAUUGAGAAUGGAAGCAGUAGAAAUGUAAAAGCAAGUCCUGAAUACUCUCUGGGACGUUACUUAAAAACAUGCAUUUUGGAUGAUGUUAGUAGUGUUUUUCGUAAGGCAAGAACUGUUUCUACAAAUGAUGAAAAUUCACGUUGUAUUGUAACAGAAAGGCAAUUUAGAAAAGACUCCUGUGUUAAUGAUGUUGUUUCCAGAGACUACCUUCUCAAUAAUCCUAAAAUAGCAGAAACAGAAAUUGAACAUCUUUUUGAAAAUACUCAGCAGUCUUGUGGCAUACUGGAAAGGAAUCUGGAUAAAGAACUAGAGCAAGAUAUGGAAAGAUUUAAGAGUAAGGUAGGAAUGCUGCAAAUAGUAUUCCUGGCUUUGGAGAAAGAGAAGGUACAGCUGCAAAAAGAGGUUGAGGAGGAAAAAAGAAAGCAAGGAUGUUUUGAAAAGCAGAUGGUGGCAAAAGAAGACCACCUUGGGAAAUUAAACAUAUUGCCAGGCAAUGUUACUAAUCAGCAAAUGAAACAAAGGCUUCCUCCAGAAGAGGACAGUCUUAGAACAGAGAAUGAAGAAAUGGAAGAAAUAAAACCCAAAAAGAUUUUUUCAACCAAGAAGAGAUCAAAAUUAAUUGAAAUGCCAUUGAAGAGUGAAUCUGGCCAGGCAACAAAAGGAGCAAAGAAAAAUGGGAGCAAAAAACAGACUUCAAAGCAAAAGGCUAAUCAGCAGAUGAGUUCUUCCAGUGGAAUUCAUUUUCAAGAAUCAGAUAAUAGCACUUUCAGUGAAAUAUCCCAAGAUGAAGAAAGAUCUGCAACAAAAAGAGGGAAUAAAAGGAACAAGAUCAGCAUACAAAUGGAUGUCACUGACCUUGAUUUAACUCAGUCAUCUGACACAACUACAGAGGAUGCUGAAUUGCCAACGUCAGCCUACCAAGAAGCUAUGUUGCUGAUAAAACAGCUGAGUGUAAAUCACGCAGGUUCUGCUAGUUUGUUGAAAAUUCAAAACAUACUACUUGAAUAUGAGCGGACAAUAGAACAUGAAAAAAAUCGAUAUGCUGCACUCUGGAGAGAAGUAAAAAAAAUGGAAAGUGAAAAGGAGGAGUCACAAUUAAAAGCGGAAGAGACUCAAGAUUUGAAAUCCAUAUUGGCUCAUCAAGAAGUGGAAUGGAAAAAUGAUAUCCAAAGCCUUAAAUUUACUUUGAAACAAGAAGAGGAGAAGAGGCUCAGAGUAGAAAUGCAAUAUCAGAAAACCAGAGAACAGCUAAGAAGGAAAGAAGAUUACUACCGUAAAGAGAUGGAGGAGAAACAACAGAUUGAGUUACACUCAAGGAAUUUAGAAAUGGAGUUAAUAACCUUGAGAACGCUCUUGAAACAGGUUGAAGAAGAGCGUGAUGAAACACAGAGACAGCUUUCUCAAGAAAAGAGUGCCAGAGCCCUACAAGAGGGAAUUUUAAACAACCAUCUUUGGAGACAGAAGGAAAUAGAAGAAGAAUCAAGAACUAUAGCAAAAGAUUCAGAGGUAUCUGACAGCAAUGAGCGAGAAAAGGAUCUCCUGUACAAAAAUCAAUUACUGCAAGAUGAAAUAUCUGUACUUAGGCGAGAAGUUGAUCAAUUAAGACUUACGAACCAGGAAGAAGAAGCAAAAUAUAUAGAGGAAAAUGAAACUUUGAAGGAAAAAAAUGAAGAUCUUAAAAAGGAACUCAAACUAAAUGAGGAAGCUUUAACACAAACUGUUCUUCAAUGCAACACACAGCUGAACUUACUGAAGACAGAAUCGGCAGUACUGACUUCCCAACUGAAGCAGACAAAAGAAAGCAAAGAUAGACUAGAGACAGAGGUGGAAUCAUUCCGCUCCCGCUUGAAUUCAGUUGUUCAAGAACUUGAACGUCAUCAGGCAUCAAGAAAUGAUAUCGAGCGAGUGUUUCAGAGAGAACGUGAUGAGUGGCUUCGUUUGCAGGACAAGCUCCAUCGUGAUCUCUCCGAUACGCGAGAAACCAUCAAGAACUUGUCUCAGCAGCUGGCUGAAGUUGAGAGCAAAGCCAGCAAUCAAGAGAAUGAGAUUCACCAAUUGAAAGAAACGCUAAGAGAAAAAACAUUUCUUUUAGAAAUGACACAGAAAGAAUUAAGUCAGGCCCAAUGUCAAGCGAAGGAAUGUGAUCAGGCCCGACAGCUUGAAAAAGAUCAAGUAAGCAAAUAUAUGAUAAGACAGGAAUCUAUGCAAGAACGGUUGGCUCAGCUUCAAAGUGAAAACCUUCUACUCCGUCAGCAACUAGAAGAUGUGCAGAAUAAAGGUAUCAUCAAAGAAAAAGUAGUGAAUGAUGUCCAGGACAGAUUUAAUGAUAUUUUCAAUAGACUCAGAGCUGACACUGAGAAGCAAGCUUACCAGAUGGAGGAGAGAAACAAGGAAUUAAAUGCCAAAUGUGCUGACUUAAGAGAACAAAUCUUUAAAUACGAGACGGACAAAGUAGAAAGAGAGGGUACUGUCAGACAGCUGCAGCAGGAGCUUGCCAAUGCUCUUAAGAAGCAGUCCAUGUCAGAAGCUUCACUGGAAGUUACCGCACGUUAUCGCAGUGACCUGGAGGAAGAGAAACUGCGGUUGCAAAAGGAGUUGGAUAGGAUUAAAGGCAAGUUGCAGGAUUUGGAAGAACAGCAUAUUCAGUCUGAGCAUUGUGUUCGUGAUAUGAAGACUGCCUUAGAAAAUAAGGAAAGGGAAGCAAUAACUUCUUCACAAAAAAUUCAGGACCUUCUGGAAGCUUCUAUGAGAACCAAUACCACUAUAAAACAACUGGAAGAACACGUGCAACGGCUUGAAAUUGAAAAUGCCAGAUUAGAAGCCACAGCCAAACAACAGACCAAUAGGAUUGAGGUUCUUCAGAAAGACCUGCAAGCCUCUGCCUCAAUGCAAAAGCAGAGUGUGUUAUUUGUGACGGCAAAAGAGCUGCACGGUACCUGGGAGGAAGAACGGAAAUGCAGAUCCCAACUUGAAGAACGCCUUGCUCAGCUUGAAAGGGAAAAGGCUGAGAUCUUGGAACAGUGUGAGACUGAAAGAAAGGAAGUGAAAAAACUGAUAGAAUUGAAAGGGUCAUUAGAAGUCCGUCUGGGCCAAGAAAUGAAACGAAACACUGAACUGCAGAAAGAAUGCCACAGGGUCAAGAAGCUUUUGAAAACAAAUAUGAAGAAACUGAAGGUUUAUGAGAUGCGAGAGAGUGAGUCCCAGCUUAGUUCUCAGGGAGAAAUGAAGAACAGGUAUUCUGAAAUGGGCACUGAAGUCAGUAGAUUAAGAACAAAGGUUGCUGAACUUUCCGAACAGCUGGAGACAGAGUCUAAAAAAUGCAUGCAGCUAGAAGCAAGAAAUCAGGAUCUAGGAGAUGAAUUGUCUUCUAUGCGUGCGAAUCAGGAAAAAUUGGAGAAAAGCAAAUGCCGUCUGAAAGAAGAGGUGUCCAACCUCAAAUAUCAUUUAGAGAAUAAUAUAGUAGAUCACAACCGAAUAGAACAGUAUAAAAAAGAGAUUGAUGAACGAGCAGAACGAGAGUUAAGACAAAAACUACAAGAAGUUAAUCUGUUUCUGCAGGCGCAGGCAGCUUCCCAAGACAGAUUAGAACAAAUAAGAGCCGGUCAUCAUGCUUCACUGAGAAACCAGCUAAAGCAGAGAAUUGGAGAUCUGGAAUCAGAACUGGAUAGAAUAAAAAAUAUAGAAAAAGACAAUACUUUUCAAAAAGAAUCCGCACAGGCAGAAGUGGGAAAGUACAAAGAACUCUAUUUGGAAGAGGUGAAAAAUAGAAGAUGCCUAGAAAACAAACUGGAAAGAGCUAAUGAAAGACUAGCAGAAGCCAAUGCUAAACUCUUUAGCGAGCGCCAUAGAAGCAGAUCUUUAAUUGCAAGCAGCAUUGUGAGUGGAGGGGGUCUGACUGCUAGUCCAGUCCUGUAUUCAACUCAGCUGGGACAUCUCGGCAACAAUUUGGCACUGAAUAGAAGUCUUAGUCUUGGAGGAAGCUUCAUGAGCCCAAUGGAGAAUGCUUUAUUGUCAAGAAAUAGAGUUGAAGCCUAUGUGGCUAAGGUACGACGAGAACUGGAUGAAAAAAUCACUAAAGAGCUUGACCAAGCCACUGCUGAACUUGAGACUGCAUCUGCUGGAGUUUCCCCCAUGGCAUCUAUUGAUGGAUCUCCAAGGAAUGUAAAUGCAGACCAGGAUCCCCUUUCAAGGGCAAUACAGGAAUACCGUGAUGUUUUAACCAAAAAUUAUUUGAUUUGAAUGACUUCUAGAGAACGACUGCGUAAAAUAUAUGGUU